AUGGCAGCUGCUCAAAUUGAUGGCGUAGAAACUGUUUUGGUUGAAAAGUUGGAAGGAGUCUCUUUGGAUGAAGUGAAGAGAAUUCUCUAUGGAAGACCAUACAAGACCUUGGAUAUCUCUCCAGCAGCAGAGAAACUUGCUCAAGACGGGGAUUUCCAACUGACUGGAUACGUUGUUGAUGCUCAAAAAGAGCAGACUAGAGCUCCAAGAUUGGUUCGCGUCGCCGCUAUCCAGAAUCGUAUCCAUCGCCCAACUACUGAUAGUGUCGUCGAACAACGUGAUGCUAUCCAUCAACGUGUUGGAGCCAUGAUUGAAGCCGCCGCUGCUGCUGGAGCCAACGUCAUCGGACUUCAGGAGGCAUGGACGAUGCCAUUCGCAUUCUGUACCCGUGAACGUCUUCCAUGGACUGAAUUCGCUGAGUCUGUUUAUACUGGACCAACUACUCAAUUCCUGUCCAAAUUGGCAGUUAAGCAUGAUAUUGUGAUCAUUUCUCCAAUUUUGGAAAGAGAUGAAGAGAAAGAUGACGUCAUUUGGAAUACUGCUGUUGUGAUCUCUCAUACUGGACGGGUUAUCGGAAGAUCUAGAAAGAAUCAUAUUCCAAGAGUUGGAGAUUUCAAUGAAUCCACUUAUUACAUGGAGUCUACUCUUGGUCAUCCAGUUUUUGAAACUAAAUACGGACGUAUUGGAAUCAAUAUCUGUUACGGACGUCAUCACCCACAGAACUGGAUGAUGUACGCUCUCAACGGAGCAGAGAUCAUUUUCAACCCAUCGGCAACUGUCGGUACUCUCAGUGAACCACUCUGGGGAAUCGAAGCACGUAAUGCAGCUAUUGCCAACCACGUCUUCACUGUUGGAAUCAACCGUGUAGGAACAGAAACUUUCCCGAAUGAAUUCACCAGUGGAAACGGGCAACCAGCUCAUAAAGACUUUGGACAUUUCUAUGGAUCCAGCUACAUUGCAGCUCCAGAUGGUAGUCGCACACCUUCGCUUUCUCGUGUCCGUGAAGGAGUUCUCAUUGCUGAACUCGACUUGAAUCUGUGUCGUCAAUGCAAAGAUGCAUGGGGAUUCAGAAUGACUAACCGUCUCGACAUGUACGCUCAGAAAUUGACAGAAGUCUCCAACCCAGAAUAUCGUCCAGACAUCAGAAGAGAGCAGUGA